UAUGCAAACUCUUGUAGGAACACAAAAAGGCUAAAUAUAUCAUCUAGAAAUCAACAGACCAAAAUCAUUGUAACUUUAUUAUUUCAAUAAAAUUAGAAAUUCCAUGUCCUCUUAGCUUUUCUAAGAUUUCAAAGCUGCUGUUGAUAUCAUUAAUAAAGCUGAUGAUGUUAGAGUUGUUGUUUUAACAGGUAGAGGCAAUCAUUUUUGUGCUGGCUUAGAUCUUAAGGAAGCUCCCUUAAUGUUUUAAGUAAGAUCAAAUUUUAAAUACAGUUCCAUGAAGACAUGGAUUAAGCAAGAAAAUCAAUUAGGAUUUAUGAUCUUCUCAAAGAUUGGUAAAUCGCUAUGACAUCCUUGUCAAGAAUCAAAGUCCCUGUAAUUGUUGGUGUCUAAGGAUAUUGCUUAGGUGGUGGAGUCGAUCUCAUCACUUCUGCUGAUAUUAGAUAUUGCUCUGAAGAUGCUAAAUUCUCAAUUAAAGAAAUUGAUCUUGCAAUGUAAUAAUUCUAAAUUUAUAUAUACUUCAGGGCUCCUGACAUAGGUACUUUACAAAGAUUGGGUCUAUAGAAUGCUAAUACAUCAUUAUUCAGAGAAUUAGCAUACACAGGAAGAAUAUUUAAUGCUCAAGAAGCACUAAAAUUAGGAUUAGUAAGUAAGAUUGUAAAGAAUGAACUUUUAAAUGAAGAAAUAUUUAAAUUAGCAUAAUUAAUAGCUACAAAAUCACCAAUUGGUUGUUAUACAAUCAAAAGCAUAUUAACAAGAGAAUAAAAUUUAGAUUAGCAUUUAGAUGUUAUGGCCAGAACAAAUAUGGCAAUGCUCUUUACAAAUGAUGUUCCUAUAGCUAUUACAUCCUCAAUGACUAAAACAAAAGCAGAAUAUCCUAAAUUAUGAG